AUGUCACCAUUCUUGUGUCAAAAUUCAAAUCAUGAUCAAGGAAAAGAGUUUGUAAACUCUGUGUCUACAGAAAUGCAUCGCCUUACUGGAGUUCAUCAGCGGCUGACAAGCACUUAUCAUCCACAAGCAAAUGGUUUUAUCGAAAAACAGAAUGAAACCAUCAAAAGAAAGCUUCUUAAAGUUCUACAACGAAAGCCUGAUGGAUGGCCAAGAUGUCUUGAGCCCCUGCUAUUUGCUCAUCGUGCAACUGUACAUCGAUCAACAAAGAUGACACCAUUUUUCCUAAUGUAUGGGAGACAUCCAAUAUUGUCUGUAGAUGUUGCCAUCUUCUUAGAUAGUGAUGAUACUACUGUUGACAACUCCAAUUCUAUUCAUGAAGAUGAUGAAGAAAUCUGGGAGUUUGAUGAAGAUGAAGUGAUGAAAUUGACGGAAGGAAUGCUGAACAUUAAAGAAAAGACUCAUGAUGCAGCUCACAACAUCAACGGCCCAGGCAACAUUCUAUUUACUGAAAAUUCUCAUCUUAUAUCCUUGGUACAUUUGAAAAAUAAAUAUACAAUUACUGAUAUUCUAGCAAAAAAAAAGUUAUAA